AUGAGCGCGAACAUUAUCAAUCCGUCGCUCUCGUCGCUCUCGGACGAGGAAUACCGCUACAGUGACGUCGAAGAGGAGUAUCAGUACUCGGAAGAAGAAGAAGACGAAGACGAAGAAGAAGACGACGUAGAGGAGCGAUACGAAGAGGAGCGCGACAGCGGCCGAACAGACCGCGCGGCCGACCGCUUCCACGCGCUGUUCAGUCCGCAGAGUGCCAAGAAACAGCACGCGGCCGACUCGCUGUCGCCGCUCGGUCGUGGCUCGUCUGCUAAGAAGAAACGGCUGAGCCACAAUGGCUUGGGCCACGCGGGGAGUCAGCAGCAGCAGGAGUACCACGUGAUUGACGAGGAGGAGCUUCUGCAGGAGCAACACGCGCUCAUUCACGAGAUUGCUCAGGUUCUGGAGAUCUCGACGUCCGAAGCUUCAGUGCUGCUGCGGUACUUUAGCUGGAACAAGGAGAAGCUCUUUGAGGGAUACUAUGCAGACCCGGUGAAGGUGAAACACGAAGCGGGCGUUGAGUUUGCCGACAAACAGGCGCCCGUGAUUCCAGCAUCGACCAAGGUGGAUUGCAAAAUCUGUUGCGACGAGUACAUGGCGGGCGACGUGUUUGGCAUGGGCUGUGGCCACGUGUACUGCCUCGGUUGCUGGAAACCGUACCUGUCACUGAAGAUCCAAGAAGGGCCGAUAUGCGUGACCACGACGUGCCCUGCACACGGGUGCAAGGAGGUGGUGAGUGAGUCGAUCUUUCAGAAGAUCGUGGAUGCCGAGGACUAUCUCAAGUAUGCGCGCUACUUGCUACGAUCGUUCGUGGACAUCAACAAAGGCGUCAAGUGGUGCCCGUCACCUGGCUGCAGCAAGGCCAUCACCAGCGCUGGUGGCUUGUCGUCAGUGACGUGCACAUGUGGAUGCGUGUUUUGCUUACGCUGUGGCGAAGAGGCCCACGCGCCAGUGUCGUGCGACCAGCUCGCUUCGUGGCAGGAGAAAUGCCGCAACGAGUCUGAGACAGCCAACUGGAUACUGGCCAACACGAAGAAGUGCCCCAAGUGCUCUGUCCGCAUCGAAAAGAAUCAGGGUUGCAAUCACAUGACAUGCCGCAGCUGCAACUACGAGUUUUGCUGGAUAUGCAUGGAAGGAUGGGACAAGCAUGGGUCGGGUACGGGUGGCUUUUACAAAUGCAACCGUUACGACGCAGAUGCAGAGACUGCUGACACGGACGCGGCACGGGCGAAGGCGGAGCUCGAUAGAUACCUUCACUACUACCAGCGCUACGCCAACCACUCGGAAGCUGGUAAGUUCGCGCAGCGAAUGCGUGAAGGCACGGAGAACCGCAUGAUCGAGCUGCAGGCUAGUCACGGCGACUCGUCAUGGAUCGACGUGCAGUUUUUGAACGCAGCAACGGAGCAGCUGAUUGAAUGCCGACGAGUGCUCAAGUACACGUACGUUUUUGGCUACUACCUGCCUCUCGGGAAGGAGAAGAAUCUGUUUGAAUACCUGCAAGAGAAUCUGGAGAAGAACGCCGAGCAUCUGACGGGUUUGCUGGAGAUGUCGCUCGACAAGAUGAACCGCUCGGAAAUAAUUAACUAUACGCGCGUGACGGAGACCUUUCUACGCAACCUGCUCACGGGUGUCGAGGACGGUUUGACAUCCAAUGCAUCGUUGGUGUAG